AUGAGGAUGCCGUUGGAGUCGUACAGCACGGAUGAAGACGUCGCAAUUGGAGCGUGGGUUCUCCUAGAGGUAGACCCAAAGGAGGGAGCGGGAGGCGCAAAAGGGACCUUGUCGAGAUAGCGAGACGUUGCCGCUGGAUACAUAACGCUCCUAGGGAGUGGCCUUACGUGCAGCCGUCGGUAGUGAGAAUCGGGGUUGAGUACGGGGGUCGAGGAAAGCAGUGCAAAUCAUUUGUAUGUUUGGAACGUUGUGUAGUAUGCAAGCCGAGAAAUCAGAAAUUGCCGAUUAAAGAAAUUCAGACCUCGAACCAGUCAGCGCCGAUGAUACGGGGAUGGAGUGUAGGCGCAUCGUAGAACUCGUUUUCGUUUGAAGUUGGCGUCUUGUUUGAAAGUUGAUGUGACAGAUUUGCGUAGAAUAGGGUAAGAUGUUAUCAUGAACGGAGAUGAAAGGGCUUUUCCAACACGGAGAUGUAGCAUGGAUCAAAGCAUUUGUUGGAUUUCAGCUUUUACAAGAGGACAUCAACGCAGUAGUAUUUUAGCAAGUUACGAACGCAUAUAGGAUACCAUCAGGAUU